UAAUUCAGCUAUUCCCAGCAAGCUGUGGGCAUAUGUCUAUUUAACUUGCCAGAUUCGAUUGAAUAAACAAACGAAACAAGCAAACAAAACAACAGCCUUCGAGCAACAAAACACAAACAGACGACGACGACGACGACAGGAGAACACAACGCGAAAAGACAAAGGGCACAAUAAUUUGCUAUUGCAAAAAAUAAAUAUACAAAUAUAUUUCGCCAAGAUGCCGAUGGUGAUGCCAUGUCGUUCGCGGGCCGCCAUGAAGCUGCAUGCGGAUUGUUAUGAUCGCCUGAAGAAACCGAUAUAUUUGGAAGCGCCAAAGUUAUCGACCAUCGAGGAGGAGCGAAAGUGCGGCGUUCGCAGGGAUAAGCCCGUAAAUCCAAAGGUGACCAGGCGACCUUUGCCGCCGGGCACUAGGGAACCGAAUCCGGUGGUAAUUCCCGGGCAAAAGGUCACCCGUUCGCCGGUGGGCGGUGGAAAGGCGCCGCCGCGCAAUCGCAAAUACGACGGAGCCAAGGCCACGUUCUUUCACAUCCAGGGUCAAUCGUGGGAGUCCAAGGGCUAUGCGGAAGUAUCGCCGGGAGAAUUGGAUCGCAUGAGGGCGUCGAGGCCGCGAACCACCGAGGAACGGCGAGCGGAACAGGAUCGCCGGAUGGAGGAGCAGCAAUAUCACACCGCCGAGGCGGAGCGAAUGCGUAAUUAUUUCCACGACAUCGACGAGCAGCGGAGGGAAAAGGAACGGGAAACCGAGAAGCGGCACGAUGACGAGGCCGAUGAGGAUGUGAACGAAGAGCGGCGAGUCGAGGCCAAAAGAUUGCAGGUCCUCCACCGCGCCCUGGAUGCCAAAUACGAGUCUGAUGUGCGGGUAAAGGACGCCACUCGAGCAAUUUCCGAGGCCAAGUGCAGUGCCAUGUGGACGGCGCAGAUUCAGGAGCGCAAGCUCCUCAAGCGCAUCCAACUCGAUCACGAUGAGGAGAUGGCGCGCAAGAACCGCGACUACAACAACGCCAAGUGGGGCACCGUGGAGCAGCAGGAUCAGGCGGAGGAGGAGCGCCGCCGGCAGUUCGGCAACGCAGUUCGCGAACAGAUCAGCGAUCGUGAGAAGCUGCGAUUCCUGGCCCAGGAUCGCCUGCGAAUGGAGGCUCGCGAUCUGCGGGCCGCCGUCGACGAGUACAAGAGGGCCGAGGCGGCGGAGGGAGAGUCGCGAUCCCGUCGCAAGUUGGCCUAUCGCGACGAACUGAACAAGUACACCAAGCUGCAUCGGAACUUCGUGCGCAUGAUGUGCGAACAGGAUCAGAGGGACGAGAACCGCGCCUACGAGUAUCUGAAGCUCAAGGAGAAGGAGCUGCGACAGCAGCGGGCGGAACGCGAGGCCAUCGAGGCGGACGAGAAGCGCAAGCGGGAUGUCCUGUUCGCCGUGGGCCAGAAGAUCCUCGACGCCAAGGAUAAUCGCGAGGAGAUGCAUUUCCUUGCGGAGCACGAGCGUCUCGAGCGGAAGUACCGGGAAAAUGAACGGCAGGCCGCCGAGAAGGAGCGGAAAAUGGCCGCCGAACUGAAGCGUGCGAAUAUGGAGCAAAUGGAUCACCUGAGCCAAAUGAAGGCCUGCUAUUAUGUGCAACGUGAGCGGGAACUCAAGGAAAUGAUCGCGUAUCGGGCCAAGCUGGAGGAUCAAAUGAAGCGCGAGGCCGACGAACAGGCGGUGAAAAAGGCCUGUCUGCGCACCAGUGUCGCCUGUCAAAUUGAGGAGCGCGAAAAGGCCCGUCGACGGGAACUUGAGGAGGAGCACUUGGCCUUUGAAAGGGAGCGGGCUGCGGAGGCUCAGCGGCAGAAGGAAAUCGAUACGGUGAUCACCGUCAAGCUGGAUGAUCUACAGAAACGCGGUUGUCUGCCCAAUUUGGCUGUGCGAUCGCUAAAAGGUCGCGUUGAAAAUGCCGGCAACAAAAAGAAGCUGGGCUCAGAAUUCAGUUAAACUAGA